AUUUAAAAUUAUUGUCAUAUGCAUUUAUCUUCACUCUGAUGAGGGCUCAGACGUGAUAACACCCCUGCUUCCCUAUCCCCGUGGGAGCUGGUGUGCGCGCUGCCUGCUGCCUCCCCUCCAUUAGCCAGAGCUAUUGGAUUUCCCACCCAGAAUCUUUAGGUAAAUGAGAUCAUGAUUCUGGAAGGAAGCGGUGUAAUGAAUCUCAACCCCAGCAACAACCUCCUUCACCAGCAGCCAGCCUGGACAGACGGCUACUCCACGUGCAGUGUCUCCAGCGGGUUCUUCGGAGGCCAGUGGCAUGAAAUCCAUCCUCAGUACUGGACCAAGUACCAGGUGUGGGAGUGGCUCCAGCACCUCCUGGACACCAACCAGCUGGAUGCCAGCUGCAUCCCUUUCCAGGAGUUCGAUGUCAACGGCGAGCACCUCUGCAGCAUGAGUUUGCAGGAGUUCACCCGGGCGGCGGGGACGGCAGGGCAGCUCCUCUACAGCAACCUGCAGCACCUCAAGUGGAACGGCCAGUGCAGCAGCGACCUGUUCCAGUCCACGCACAACGUCAUUGUCAAGACGGAACAAAGUGACCCUUCCAUCAUGAACACCUGGAAAGAAGAGAACUACUUAUAUGACACCAACUAUGGUAGCACAGUAGAUUUGUUGGACAGCAAGACUUUCUGCCGGGCCCAGAUCUCCAUGACAAGCACGGGUCACCUUCCUGUGGCAGAGUCACCUGAGAUGAAAAAGGAGCAAGAGCACCCUGCAAAAUCCCACACCAAAAAGCAUAAUCCACGAGGAACUCACUUGUGGGAAUUUAUCCGCGACAUCCUCCUGAACCCAGACAAGAACCCAGGGUUAAUCAAGUGGGAAGACCGGUCUGAGGGCAUCUUCAGGUUCUUGAAAUCAGAGGCUGUGGCUCAGCUAUGGGGCAAAAAGAAAAACAACAACAGCAUGACCUAUGAAAAACUCAGCCGGGCGAUGAGAUAUUACUACAAAAGGGAAAUUCUGGAACGUGUAGAUGGACGAAGGCUGGUAUAUAAAUUUGGGAAGAAUGCACGUGGCUGGCGAGAAAAUGAAAACUGAACCUGCCAACCCUUUGAACAUGAACCAAAACAUUCCCCAAAUGAUAGCAAGUCAAGAACUCCUGGACAUAAGUAUCCCCAGGACUACUUUUCUCUGAUAUUUAUGUACCUUGAGAGGGAAAAACAUCCACUUCUAAUGGGAAGAAGGAACACUACAGUUGAUGAAAUUAUUUUGUUACUUUGAAGUAUGUUCUAUAUGGGGAACAAACGUACACAGUUUUCUGUGAAAUAUGAUGCUGUACGUGGUCAUGAUUUGUUUUUGCCUCUAUUGUGAAGUUCCUUUCCACAGCAAGAAGAGCAGGAUUCGUAGCCUUGUGCUUCUUGCUAAAAGAAAGAAAAAAAAAUUAGAGGGCAUUAAAUGUUUUUAUAUGCAAAAUGAUUAGGAAAAGGUGAUGUGUCCUCUGCGCAUGAGCGUUCACGUGGCCUCAUCAAGACAGGUGGGUUUGGUUGCUAGGAUGAACUCAAGGUCUGAGAUUGAUAGGAUGAACCCGAGGAUGCUGGGAAGUUUAACCUGACCUUUGGGAGCUGGUGAGUGGAGCAUGAAGACUUCCAAAAUCCAAGUGGACUAUAAUCACUGCAUAAUCACAAUGACUUGCAAUGCUUAAAUCAGCAAGAAUAAUGGUGAGGGCUUUCUACUCAUUCAAGAAUGAUUUACCUGAUGCCAAGGCUGUCUCUCUCCUUCCCUCUUCAAUGGUUGGGGGAAAAAAAACUUCAAUUGCCAUCUCUGCUCACUUAUAGGUAUUUAAGAGAGGGUCUAGCCUUGGUUGUUUUUAUCCCAAUUGUACCAAAAUAAAUGGGAAGAAGGAGGCGGUGAUGAGUUUGCUCUUGUAUUCCUAUUGCCCAUGUAAUUAUUUGUUGUGCAUUAUUUGGCGGUCUUGUGCAUUGUAGGAUGUUUAGCAUUAUCCAUGACCUUUACUUAUGGGAUGCCAGUUGCACUCUCGUCCCCAAAGUUGUGACAUUUUCAGACACUGUCAGAUAUCCAUUGAGAGGCAAAGUUGUCCUUGACUGAGAACCCCUGAGGUAGUCCCUCAAGAUGAAGAUGGUGAUUUGCUCUCGUAACAAAAAUACGUGUAGAUCUUUUAGUCCCUAGAGUGAAGUAAAAGCAAGAUUUCAAAGUCAACCGAUUUUUAAGUUUUAAAAUGUUAGGAACAAUGGGAAUUUCAGAAAUGGGACAUCUAGAGGGAAUUUUCAGGAGACCAGAUAAAAGCCAAAGUCAGAGAAGUUAAGCAUAGUAACAUAGCAAGAACUAUAAUAGAAGGCGUUUCACUAGAAUGACAAAGCAGAGUAAAAAAUACAUUGCAAAAGGAAAUGCUGAGAAAAGAAUGAGAGAGAGACAGAGAGACAGAGAGACUGUGUGUGCUCCAGGGAAAAUGUUUGCAGAUGUUAAUUCUUAAAGGCUUUCCUCUUUUGAAUAAUCUCUUUCCUGUCUUAUCUAGACUCUCCAAAGUGAAUGGUGUAUUACCUAGAUUUGUGUCCCGAGGAUAUAUAUUUUUUUUUUUUUCUAAGACAGAAAAGAAAGUAAGAUGGAAGAGGAACAGAGAGCUUAGCUCAGGGGCUAUGAUCAGUAAGAAGUUGGGGAUUUCUUCAGUGGAAUGGAAUUGUUCUGGGGUACCUGGAGAUAUCGCUGGACCCUGUAGUCUGGGAGGAACGGGAGCCUGUAGACACUUUGAAAAUGAGUUUAAAUACCCAGAUUCCUUUUGCACUUUUUUUGGCUCCCCUUAUCCUAGCUUUCUCCCCUCUUUUUGCCCCUGUAUCUUUUGAGUAAUAAUAUGGGGAUAAGGACAACUAAUCUCAUUGACUAAUGGAGCACCUACCCUGGUGUCUUAGCCAGUGAAGGAGGGCGAUUCAUAGUCAAAGGUUGGAAAGUGUCUGUAAUGUAUUCAGGAAGUUGGAAGUAGGAAUUAAGAAUUGUCCUGGUUAUAAUGAGAACCGUUAUGGAUGGUGACCUUGGGGCGCCAAUGUACUGAGAUGAUCUUCUGAAGGUAUAACUAAGUCAUUUUUAUUUCUGCCUGGCCUGGUCACCGCCACAUAGGUAUUGUUUAGUGUCGUCAAGUAACAGUUACUGAGGGAACUGAGAGAAAUAACAACGAGCAACACAGACCUGAGACAUGCCUGCAUAAAAGACACACCUUGCUUUCCAAGCAGAGCUGAAGAACUCUGAGGCUUUCCCAGCGUUUUAUUAUGUUUCACCCAGAACAAAUUAAACAUCCAAAUAUCCGAAUUGGUGCAAAUGCAUGAAUGUUUGCAUGUCUGUGUGCAUCUGCAUUGUGUGGAGUUUUUAGGGACACCUGCUGAUUCGCUCCUGCUCUUUCUUCCCCGGCUUUUCCUUUUCAUCAUCUAAGGGGCCUAGAUCCUGCCCUGAGUUCACCCACUUCCAAACCUGCAAGUUUCUCAUAGUCCUCCAAACUGGCCUUGGCUCUUUUUGCACCCUCCCCAUGGAAGAGCAAUUUCUGCUAGGUAGUAAGUAAAUCUGGGGAGUACCGAUUGGAACAGCUCUGCAGAUAAUUAACAGAUUGUGCUAUUUGUUGAAAGUGACGGUUUCUUGGCACCCAGUUCCUGCUUAAAUAGGCUAGAGUAUUAAGUUUUCAGCAUAUCUCUCUAUUGUCUUGGCUUGAGUUGAUGCAUUUUCUAUGUGCUGUUCGUGACUUGGAGAACCCUAGGUAACUGAGCCAUGCCAACUUGGGGUGUGAACAGAAUACUUCCCACCACGGUGUUGCAAGGGAGAGCAAAAUCCCAGAGAUAAGCCAGCAUCAGGUGAAGCCCCCCUUCUCAUGGAGACUCACAGCUUCUCACUCAAGAAGCUUAUCUGUGCUGGUUGCUCACAUGGUCUCUACACCUGGUCUCCUUGAGCUCUUAAGGGUGAGGCUUUAAUUUGCCAUUUUCAUGGGAAUCUGAGGCAGGAAAUGUGUUGCUAAGACUUUGCCAGACUCACACCAAUCUGAGGCUCCUGGAUGUUUGACUUGACGAAAUUGGAACAAGGCCCUGGAUGCCAGAGACAUACACCUAUAGCUUCUUGAACUUGCCUUCUGAACAGGGCAGACCAGGUGAUGAGUUUUUCUUUGAACAUGCUGGUCCUUCUUCAAAGUUAUUGCCUUGCUAGACUAUAAGCUCUUUGAAGGCAGGGACCAUAUCUUAUCCAUAUUAGUUUCCCAGCACCUAGCAUGGGCUAGGUCCUUGGUAAAUAUUGUUGACUAAUGAAUGAAUGUCUUCUGGAAGCCUUCUUCAUAUCCAUAAUUAAGAUGUAGAUCAUUUCUUCAUUGGAAUAAGAGCACAAUGGCCAAAACGUCAAGGACAUAUUAUCUAUUAUAUGAGGAUUCUAUUGUGAGACUUUUUCCUUUUCCUUCCUACUUGUCCUGAAAUGAAACCAGACAGGUUGUUUGGUUCUACAAGCCAAUAUAUGUUGGAUGAGAAUUCUGUUGCCUAAAUGGGAGCUGUGAGAUUUAUCUGGUACAAGAAGCCAGUGAUGGAACUUUGACCUGUUUUAACCAAUGAAGGUUAUGAAUGUGUUUAUAUGAUGUAAAUUGCUAUUUAAGUGUAAAGCAGUUCUAAGUUUUAGUAUUUUGGGGUUGAUUUAUAUACAUAUUUGUCUUUCUGGAAAAAAAAAGGGUUCUUUUGAUAAGGUUAAUCAUGCACAUUAGAUCUUAAUUUUGCAAGUGUGCUGUUUUUCAAAUGUAUGAAAUAGAAGGAAAGGUAAAAUAGUAAGAGGGAAAGGCAGUUAUAUAUCUUCUUUUAUCGUUAAAAAAAGCAUUUGUUGAGUGCCUACUGUGCCUACUCCACAGCAUGGAGCCAUAUAUGUGAGGAGCUUCUUUAAUUAUACAGAAUGUAAGAGAUGUUCCACGCGACCCUAAUGCAUGGACACAUACGGUAUGAAAGAAGGAACAGCACAGCAGUCACGAUAUCAGAACUGAAUUAACCUCAGCAUUGGUUCUCAGGAUUCCUUUUCUGGAAUAGAAGCUAGAGCACUUAAUAAAAACCCACUGAGACUGUGCCUUAGGAACCACUGAAAUGUAUGAGCCUUCACAAGUUUAGCCUAACUGGGAUUAAUCUUUCUGUAGCUAUCUACAUAAUCCUUGCUUUUCUUCCCACUUGGCUUCUGGGUCAACAGAAUUUGUGGGAAACAAUCCUACUGCCACUAUUUUUUUUUUUAAUCUGAAAUCUUACCCUUUAUGUGAAAUUCAAACUAUUUUGUUUUGUGAAAGAAUUAUAUUUUUCAAAGUAUGGGUUUUUUUUGUUUGUUUGUUUGAUGGGUCCCAGGACACACUAAUAAAAACCCUAGAGACCAGGC